AGACACAGACAUCUGGAGGAGGGGCCCAUACGGAUGGGACAGGGCGAGAGAAGAGAAAAGUUGAGAAGCCUCCCAUUGCUGAUCCAAUAGCCGAUCCCACAGCCACCCAUAGCCUCCCACAGCUCUACCUUAUGAAGGAAGGGAAGCGUCAGUCUAGCCCGGUAGUCCCGACCGGUUCAGGGCGGGGAGCCUGUACUUGUUGACAACGUGUCCGUCGGUUCGAGCUCCUCGGCUUUGAGGAAGAGUUUAGAGCCGAGCUCAGCCCUGCAGCGAGGAGAGACGGGCAGUGCGCUGGAGGGAUCUGGAUCAAUACUCUGGAUUUGAGAUUUCGACCGUGUCAGAUGAGCGGUCGGGGCCCCCCGAGUCCACAGAGGAGAGCUCGUCCGGCUGGAGACCACCCGGUCCUGCCUGGAGCCCACCGCCGCUCUUGUGUCUCUGAACCGCGGUGCGUUCUGCAGUAGGACGCCGCCGACCCUUGGCUCACGGCCGGCGAACCGGAUGGAUUUCAGAUAAAAACCUCAUCGCCAGUUGGAACCACAUCCUCCCCUCAACACCCCCCCCCCCCCCACCCCCCUCCCCGUCCCUGAUCCACGCCCCAGCAUGGCAGAUCCCACGGGGCCCGGUCUGGAGGGGUCCGGGGCCGGCGUGGCGGAGGUGGACGUCUGCAGCCUGGAGCCCGAGAGGAACUACGAGGUCAUCCCGGCGGUCAUCUGCUCCAUGUGCUGCCUGUUCGGGAUCAUCUACUGCUUCUUCGGCUACCGCUGCUUCAAGGCGGUGAUGUUCCUGUCGGGUCUGAUGUUCGGCUCGGUCAUCAUCUUCCUGCUGUGCCACAAGGAGCGGGUGCUGGACACCCAGCUGAGCGUGGAGGCCUCGGCGGGCAUCGGCCUGGGCAUAGGCCUGCUGUGCGGCCUGGUGACCAUGCUGGUGCGCAGCGUGGGCCUCUUCAUGACCGGCCUGCUCCUGGGCCUGCUGCUGGCUCUGGCCGGCCUGCUGGCGGCGCAGCAGUUCGUCGCUCCCACCACGGUGUGGGUGCCCCUGGGCUCCCUACUGGGCACCGGCAUGCUGUUCUCGGUGCUGACGCUGCAGUGGCAGAAGCCCCUGACGGUGCUGUCCACGGCCGUGUUCGGCGCCGCCAUCAUGACGGUGUGCGCCGACUACUUUGUGGAGACGCUGACGCUGACGCUGCACGCGUACGGCGUGCUGCGGCUGGCGCCCGGCCCGCCGCUGUGCUGGUACAGCUGGGUGGUGCUGGGGGUGUGGCCGCUGCUCAGCCUGAUGGGCGUGCUGGUGCAGUGGAAGCUGACCGACGCGGGGUACUCGCACACCGAAGUGGUGAUCAGCCGCCGGCAGAAGCGCGUGCAGCUGAUGCGGAUCCGGGAGAAGGAGGCGAGGAAGCGGCAGCAGACAGGUGGGCAGGAAGGAACGUACCGCCGCAAAGCCCCCCCGGUCAAACGUUACGCCGGGGACCUGCUGGCGCCGAGUUACCUGCAAAGUCUGCGGGACCGGCAAAGCGGUACCGGGACAUCCCUUAGCAGCCUGGGGGCCACCAACCACAGCAUGAUCGACAUGGACUACGACACGGGCUCCACCGCCCCCCUCACCGCCACCACCCCCGUGGUGCGGGUCUGACCCCCCCCCCCCCCCACCACCGGGCCCCCGCCACGCCCCCACCCCCACCACCAACCCCCGUGGUCCGGGUUUGAAGACCCCCCCCCCAUCUGGCACCUCACCACUCCCAACCUCGUGGACCGGGUCCUGACCCCCCCCCCCCCACCGGGCCCCCAUCGCCAACCCCCCUGUGGUCCGGGUCUGAGGGGUCCUGACCCCCCCCGCCCCGCCCCAUCACCUGGACUACAGGGCGGGAAGGGAGAGAGAGAGUCUGUUGGACACACUUCAGAACCACUAAAGGAGAGAGGGAGAGAGACACUGAAGGAGAGAGAGAGAGGGAGAGAGACACUGAAGGAGAGAGAGGGAGAGAGACACUGAAGGAGAGAGAGAGGGAGAGAGACACUGAAGGAGAGGGACGAGGGGGGGGUUAGAGGGGACAUGACAUUAGAGGUAGAUACUAACCCAGCUCCCAUCUUUCUUUACCUGAUGAUGGAACAGGUUUUAUAGUGAGGGGCGAUGAAGAACGUUAUGGAACCGAUUCCUCAAGUUAUUCACUCUGGACAACCGGUCACACUGACCCUGUCUCCCUGACCCUGUCUCACUGACCCUGUCUCCCUGACCCUGUCUCACUGACCCUGUCUCCCUGACACUGUCUCCCUGACCCUGUCUUAUUGGAAGUUGUGAACAAACUGUCUCACUGACCCUGUCUCACUGGCCGUGUCUUAAUGGAAGUUGUGGACAACCCGUCUCUCUGAUCCUGUCUUACUGGGAGUUUCUAUCUUUUUAAAUAUUUCUAGAUCGAGAGAGGAAUAGGUGAGUAUGAAUAGGUAAAUGUAGAUGUGUUUUGCUAGUUCUUAAUGUCUGCGUGUAGGGGCCGUUAUCAGUCGAACCAAAACCCCUGGACUCAGAACGUUCGGUCAUCUCACGCCCCGACACCGUGCGCAAUAAGGAAAAAGGAAGAAACACGACAACCUCAGAAAACGUUUUGCUCUUCAUUCGUAGAUUGUGAUAAUCACAUUUUGUGUGUAUGCGUGGGUGAGUUAUUGAGCCGGAGUGAGUCCUUUUCAUGUCAGAUUCAUGUGUACAGAAUUGUUGAUAGAGUUUUUCAAAGUCAAAUAAAUGUCUUGGAUGAAAUACGAAA